AUGGCACUGAGAUGCGGUGACUGUUUGAAACUGGUUGCCAUUCAGUGGCUCUUACAAGAAAGAGGACGAGCGAAAACUGUCCACGUGCGCUCAACAGCGCGAGGUGCCAGCGCCGGCCCAUCAGUCCCGCAGUCCUCCGCUUCCCCCGGCAGUGCCCGCCCCCAGUCCUUGUCCCGAGGGCCCCGCGCCGCCGCGAAAGCUGUCAAGCUGGCGACGCCUUGGCGCAAAGCCCUGCCGGACACGUCCCAGUGCUCGAGGCCCGAGAUUCCCCCCAGCAGCCUCGGCCAACGCACGGCGCAGCGAAGGGACCACUGCCGCUGCCACCGCGGCUGCAGGAACGGUUCGCCGGAAACCCAUAAGCGCGCCUGUUCUGCCCGGAGUUACGAGGACACCGAGCCUCACCACCGCCGGCGUCACCACGACCACAGCCGGCACAGGUCUGAAGAGUACCGGCCCUGCGGUGUGGGCUGCGGCUCUUCGCCCGUCGCAGACAAGCUCUGCCACUCUCACCCGUCCGCUACGCAGUUCAAGGUGAUCCUGGACGUGCAGCAGUUCAACCCCGAGGAUCUGACCGUAAAGACCUGCGGCAAGCACGCCGUUAUUCAAGCUGUACGGACGGAAGACAGGGGCCGCAAGGGCAUCAUUGUGAAAGAGUUCACCAGGAGAUACUUGCUCCCGGAAGGUGCGGAUGCGGACCGCGUCUCGUGUAGCCUCACCGAAGACGGCUUCCUGACGGUAGACGUGCCGAUGAAGGACCCGCCGUUGACCGAGAUUGAGAGGAUCGUCCCCAUCACGGUGAUGCACAGCCAACCCGACUAUAAGCAAAUGCCUCCGUACAGGACGGCGUCUAGACUGAGUCAGCUCUCAAACGAUGACGUCGGCUAA